AUUCGUUUGUUGGCGUUUAGUAUUUGCUUGUGUUUUGUACUCAUCGUUAAUUACUGUUUGCAACGAAAGAUAUUUUAACAAACUGUAAAAAAAAGUAAUUGAGUCAUCAAUUUGUAUUAAUAGUAACAUUUAUUUGAUUAAGAAGAAUGGCAGACGAUGAUUUUGAUGGAGAUGAGGUAGCAGAUGAUUUUGAUGAUGUAGAUGAUGAUGAUAAUAUUGAACUAGAACCUCAAGAAGAAGAUGGAGAAAAUAUAGAAUUAUUAGCAGCUGGUGAAGCUACUGGUGGAGUGCAAAGGUCCAAAAGAAUUACAACAAGAUAUAUGACAAAAUAUGAAAGGGCAAGAGUAUUAGGGACAAGAGCAUUGCAAAUAGCUAUGUGUGCUCCUGUGAUGGUUGAGUUGGAAGGAGAAACUGAUCCACUACAAAUUGCAAUGAAAGAACUAAAACAAAGAAAAAUUCCAAUUAUAAUUAGACGUUAUUUACCUGACAAUAGUUAUGAGGAUUGGGGUAUAGACGAAUUAAUCAUAAUAGAUCACUAAAGUCUGCUUAAUCUUGUACAAAUAAAGAUGUAAGGUGAUUUAAGAAAUAUCAAAGCUUAUUGCACCUAUAUUAUUUUCAACUUUGUAUAACUCAUUUUAAUAAAAAAUAUUUAGCAACUA